UACCCCGCUAAACCCGGUGGGACCCACAGUUAAGUUGGCUCCAGUCUACAUAGCUUCACAUGAUUCACCAGCAUUGGAAUGGUCAGUCCGAGCUGCUCGGCAGCAGUCAGCCAAUGGGAUGGGGCUUGGCAUUGGGAUCGGGAUCGGGUUCGGUAUCGGUAUCGAGAUCGGGACUGGAACUGAGUCGUAAGGCGUUGCCAGGCAAUCGAUCGAGCGUGCUGGAUAACGAGCUGUUCCAGGGCUACUCGGAUGAGCUGCUGACCUUCGCCUGGAUCGCCUGCAUUGUGUUCAUCAUUGUGGGCGUGCCGGGCAAUCUGCUGACCAUUGUGGCCCUGUCGCGGGGCAGACAGACACGCAACUCGACGGCGAUCUUCAUCAUCAAUUUAUCGUGCUCGGAUCUGCUCUUUGGCUGCUUCAAUCUGCCGCUGGCCGCAUCCACGUUCAAGGAGCGCGCAUGGACCCACAGCGACCUGCUCUGCCGCCUGUUCCCGAUGCUGCGCUAUGGCCUGCUGGCCGUCUCGCUGCUCUCCGUCUCGCUGAUCACGAUCAAUCGGUAUAUUAUCAUCGCCCAUCCGCGGCAGUAUCCCCGCAUCUAUCAGCGACGCUACCUGGCGCUGAUGGUGGCGGGCACCUGGCUGGUGACGUUCUCGAUCAUGAUACCGACGUGGCGCGGCGUCUGGGGCCGCUUCGGGCUGGACACGAGCAUCGGCUCCUGCUCGAUACUGCACGACAAGUACGAUCGCUCGCCCAAGGAGUUCCUCUUCAUAGCCGCCUUCAUGCUGCCCUGCGUCUGCAUUGUCAUCUGCUAUGCGCGCAUCUUUGUGCUCGUUCGUCGGGCGGCGCGGCGGGCGGGCGCCAAGACCUCCGAGAUGGCCAAUACGCCGCCCAUUCAAACACCCACCGUCGACAAGGCCAGGGACAAUGCCAAGGACAAGCCUAAGGACAAGGAGAAGGACAAGGACAAGAACAAGGGCAAAGAACUGGACAAAGAGCGCAAACCCAGCGCGGACGACGACCCUGGCCAAGUGCAUCCAUUUGUGGUCAGCGAGUACCUGGCCUAUAUCGAUGACAAUGCCUCCUCGGAGAGUUUCCCCAUCUCGUACAGCGUCAAGCAGGAGACGCCCAUCGAUGCCAACGUGGUGCUGCAGGAGAACAACCUAGCCAACAACAAGCCCGCCACGCCAGGAUCAACUCCAGCUGCGGCCACACCAACUGGCGAUACGAGCAUCCAUAGAUCGCUGACACAGCUGGAGCAAAGCCGCAAUUCAAAGAAUCCCAUCACCACCUCACUGCGCACCUCGUUUACGCGUUUCAGCCCACGCAAAUCGCAUUAUGUGUCGAUGGGGAAUACUUCGAAUGCCUCGUCCAUCUAUGCGGGUAGGAUGAGUGUGAAGGAUCGUCGAUUGCUGAAGAUGAUAUUGGUGAUAUUCGUGUGGUUCCUCAUCUGCUAUCUGCCCAUAACGCUGUCCAAGAUCAGCAAGAGUAUCAACGAUGUGCACAUCUUCAACAUUAUGGGCUAUCUGCUGAUCUAUCUGACCACCUGCAUCAAUCCGCUGAUCUACGUGCUGAUGAGCUCCGAGUAUAGACGCGCCUACUGGAACCUGCUGCGCUGCCAUCAGUCCGAGCAGCAGCAGCARCAGCAGCGGGCCCUCAAGAAGCACAUCGAGUCGAAUCGGGCGCUCAAAACGUGAUCCGUAUGGAUCUGAAGUGGAGCCGCAGCCGAGUUCCGUCCCAAUCCAAUCGAUGCCCAUCGAUGCAGCCUAGCGCCAAUCGCCAGAUAGAAAAGGUUUUCCGGUAAAGCUAAAGAUAUAUAUCA